AUGAAGUGGUUCAGAGGGUACGAAGAGAAGGUGGCGAUGAGUGGGGUGGUGGGGAUGCCCUACUAUGUGGCACCGGAAGUGUUGAUGGGGAGAGAGUAUAGCGAGAAGGUGGACGUGUGGAGUGCCGGGGUGAUUCUCUUUGACUUGGGUUUCCGUUUUGCUUCUGGAAUAAACCCCCAGAUGCCUCCACAGUUGGAAAAAAUGGAAAUGAAUAUUCCUCCACAGUUUCCUCAACAACAAGCUGGAAAGUUUAGUAGUAUUCAGAAAACGUACGGUAAAGAGACACAUAGAGGAUUUCUGGAGACAACCGGUUCAGAUGAGAGGAGAGGGGAAAAGGGCGGAGCUCGUCCCAUCGCUGCUUCUAGACGCCACCAACCACCGCUGUCCACUGCUAUUGUCGGAUCUGUUCACGCUGGACUAGAGGACGCCAAGGAGUCGUCAAAUCUGCAUUGCUGCUGGCGCCGUGCUACCAUUAACAAGGAAGAGGGGGCGAAGAUGAAUAGAGAAGCAUGA